GGAACGCUGCCUGUCGAGUGAAGUCCUGGUUUCCCCUCUCUCCACCUGGUGACCUUCAGCAAGCUCCCCAGCUUUGAUAGGGAUACGCCAGUUUCUAGACCCUAAAAAAUUGGGCCACUGAGCGGAUUGUUAAAAGCAAGGGCUGUUGUAAGAAUUAAUGAACGUAUCACCCGGGAAGAUAGAGGAGCUCAGUUACUGUGGCAGCGAUUAAGGACAGUAGCAGGAGGCCAGCAUGGAAGACUGGCUCAGGCUUUUCCUGUGCUUCUCUGGGGCGGGGCGGGGCGGGGGUGUUGAGACGGGGACACUUGUCCCCUUUGCCCUUUGUUAAAUCCCCUCGGUCAGGCUUGGUCAGCCCCAGUCCCGGUGGUCUCUGGCGCCUCCCGCCAGCCCCUCCCGAGACUUCUUUCAGCGGAGAGGGAAACGUUUCUUUUGUGAUUUGAGUCUCAAUUUUUCUUUUCCCUUUCCUCAUCCCAAGCCUGUCGCCUUCCCACCCGUUUGCCCUAGUGAGCCGGGUCUCACAGGAGGGAAAGGGCCAGUCUCCCAACCCCGGGCUCUGGAAGGCAAGCCAGGACCAGGUGGCAGGAGACCCCGGGAGAUCGGGGGCCUCGGGCAGUCGUGGGGCUCCAUCUUCCUCGCGCCUCCUUCUAGGACCGCCUGGGGCUGGUCAUCCAUAGGCACAGCCCGAAGCGCAGGGCGCCCUGCUCUCCAGGACCCGGCACCCGGCACCCCAGCGCCUGGCGAGCUCGGCUGGAGUUGGUGGCCGGCGCGGGCCCGCGAGGAAAUCUACUUGGUCCCCGGCAGCCGCCGCUGCCCCUUUGAUGUUUUGGUACGCCGUGCGCAUGCGCCUCACAGUAGAAUUACUGCACUGGGAAGACUAAGUUGGAUCUCGUUUCUUCAGCGAAACCCUCAACCCCAGGAAAAACUAAAGGGAUGUGGAGAGUCCGGAAAAGGGGUUACUUUGGGAUUUGGUCAUUUCCCUUAAUAAUCGCCGCUGUCUGCGCACAAAGUGUCAAUGACCCUAGUAAUAUGUCGCUGGUUAAAGAGACGGUGGAUAGACUACUGAAAGGCUAUGACAUUCGUCUGAGACCAGAUUUUGGAGGUCCUCCUGUGGCUGUGGGAAUGAACAUUGACAUUGCCAGCAUCGAUAUGGUUUCUGAAGUCAAUAUGGAUUAUACCUUGACAAUGUACUUCCAACAAGCCUGGAGAGAUAAGAGGCUAUCCUAUAAUGUAAUACCUUUAAACUUGACUUUGGACAACAGAGUGGCAGACCAGCUCUGGGUGCCCGAUACCUACUUCCUGAAUGAUAAGAAGUCAUUUGUGCAUGGAGUGACUGUCAAAAACCGCAUGAUCCGCCUGCACCCAGAUGGCACAGUGCUUUAUGGCCUCAGAAUCACAACCACAGCUGCCUGCAUGAUGGACCUACGAAGGUACCCGCUGGAUGAACAAAACUGCACGUUAGAAAUCGAAAGCUAUGGAUAUACAACUGAUGACAUUGAGUUUUACUGGCGUGGGGAUGACAAUGCGGUGACAGGAGUAACAAAGAUCGAGCUUCCACAGUUCUCCAUUGUGGAUUACAAACUUAUCACCAAGAAGGUUGUUUUUUCUACAGGUUCUUAUCCCAGAUUGUCCCUCAGCUUUAAGCUUAAGAGAAACAUUGGCUACUUCAUCUUGCAAACAUAUAUGCCCUCCAUCUUGAUUACUAUCCUCUCCUGGGUCUCCUUCUGGAUUAAUUAUGAUGCUUCAGCUGCAAGAGUGGCAUUAGGAAUUACAACCGUCCUUACCAUGACCACAAUCAACACCCACCUUAGAGAAACUCUCCCUAAAAUCCCCUAUGUGAAGGCCAUUGACAUGUACCUCAUGGGGUGUUUUGUCUUCGUUUUCAUGGCCCUUCUGGAAUAUGCAUUGGUCAACUACAUCUUCUUCGGGAGGGGACCCCAGCGCCAGAAGAAGGCAGCUGAGAAGGCUGCCAGUGCCAACAAUGAGAAGAUGCGUCUGGAUGUCAACAAGAUUUUUUAUAAAGAUAUUAAACAAAAUGGGACCCAAUAUCGAUCCUUGUGGGACCCUACUGGAAGCCUCUCCCCAACUAGACGGACUACCAAUUACGAUUUCUCUCUGUAUACGAUGGACCCACAUGAGAACAUUCUACUGAGCACUCUUGAGAUCAAAAACGAAAUGACCACAUCAGAGGCUGUGAUGGGACUUGGAGACCCUAGGAGCACAAUGCUGGCUUAUGAUGCCUCCAGCAUCCAGUAUCGGAAAGCUGGGUUGCCCAGGCAUAGUUUUGGCCGAAAUGCUCUGGAACGACAUGUGGCACAAAAGAAAAGUCGCCUGAGGAGACGUGCCUCCCAGCUGAAAAUCACCAUCCCUGACUUGACUGAUGUGAACGCCAUCGAUCGGUGGUCCCGUAUAUUUUUCCCAGUGGUUUUCUCCUUCUUCAACAUCGUCUACUGGCUUUACUAUGUGAACUAAAAUACAGCCUUCCACGAGAAGCAAGGACUAGAUUCCUCCUCAAAACAGUUGUACAGCCUGACAUAGGACUUGGAGAACACAUCCAUCCAGGACAAAGUGAUGCUAAAAUACCUUAGUUGCUGGCCUAUCCUGUGGUCCAUUUCAUACCAUUUGGGUUGCUUCUGCUCAGUAAUGAAUACUCUAAGGUCCUUGUGGUUUUCUGGUUGAAAUGCAAGUAAUUUUUACACAUGCUGGAAAAACUGAAGUCAAGCAUUCUACUUUAUUUGCUUAAUGUGUAGCCUACCCAGAGGGGAAAUAUCCAGAUGAUAUUCUGAGAAGGCUCAAUAGUAUUACCAUAUGAUCAGAUUCAGAUACCGUUCAUCUCAUUCCUGAGGUUGACAUGCUGCUGAGUCAGCACUGUGCGUAUGAAACAUUAUCUGCAAUAUCAUUUGAGCUUCGUAGCUCCAAGACGGUCUCUGCUGGUCUUCUCAAGGUGAUGCAGUGUCAUAGGAAGAUAAUUCUCACUGGACUAGCAGUUUCUCUCUCAUGUAAGUAGAGCAGGAUCAGGGUACAGAGACAGAGCGAGGAACAAGGCAGAGAUCCAGGAAACCAAUUAGGCCUCUUUGUUGGCUUGGGCACAGGAAAUCAAGAACAAUGAUGUCUUUCAUUUUGGUACUUAGACAUAGAGAGACUUGUGAACAUCAUCAUACAUGGCAGCCAAUAUUUUUUUUUGCAAGAAUGCUGCCUAGUAGGUAGUUAAAAUAAGAGUUAACAACAUAAAGCAGGGUCAAAAACAGAGAUGACUGCCAACAAAAUUGAAGCAAACAAGCAAGUGUGGCCUUUGUCAGAUCAACUCAGCAUCUGGUCUACACACACCAUGUCCAGUAGAAAGUGCACAGUAAAAGACAUUUGUUUUCCAAACUCAGAAGCUUGUAACAGCAUACUUAGAGAUGUUUUUAUAGUUUAACCCAAAGAUGGCCAUUAAAUAGAAAAGUUAGAAGAAUUAGAAGUAUCAUAAACGUUCACAUGUGAUCAGGAGUCAUUCAAAUAUACAGAUAUAGAGCCAGACAAAGCUAACAGUUUGUUUUUCCUCAAACAGGAUCAGCUGUUUUCCAUGUAAAUUUCCAUGUAACAUUUCCAUGUAAAUUUCCUGUUGAGUUUAAUAGGGUAUUUCAAAAGGAGGGUAUAUUCAUUGCUUUGCAGCUUUUCUUGCUUCCAAAACUUCUACUAUAUUCCUACAUGAUGGCCACAGUAAAACUUUGGAGAGAUUGAAUGAACUUUAUUUUCACAAUGAAUUUCACUAUAUUUAGAAUGAAAUUUAUCUUUCUGUUUUUCAAAGCAAGCAGAACUUUCCUGAGUAUGUGCACAAAGGCCAUUGCUUUGUAGGUUUGUUGGUUCUGGUUUUUUAAGGGUGCUUAUUUUGUGUAUAUUGCAUUCUGCCAAUCAACAAACAUAUGGUGAACAAUAAGAUAACAACAAAGCUCCAUUAAUAACAUGAGUGUCACGAGCCUCGGUUAAUAUUACAGAAAAAAUAUUUAACUGAUAGGCUGGUAAGAUGUAUUUAAUUCUAUUUUUAAAUUACAUCAUUGUGUUAGUUUUUAUAAUAAUUGGAUAUAUACAUUCAUAUAUUUGACAGAAAAGAAAAGAAGCAAAUGUACUUUAUUUCUAUCAAUGUGAGGCUCAAAUUUUGGUUUACUUAUAGUAAGCAGAUUGAUUUGACUAUUGAUUUGACUAUUGAUUUGACUGUACUUUUCUCAGAGGAGUACUGUGCUAUUUCUCUUUCCUUUUAAAAAAAUAAUGCCUCUUUUUAGAGUAAUGUCCCUAAUUGUGCAUGGGAGCAAAGGCUAGUACCUUACUAUGACAAAGUGAUGCUUUCUUCCUUUCAUGAUUUACUAUUUUGGAAUAUUCUGAAGUCUCAUUGCUCUUCCAUUGCAACUAUCAAAGAACAACAAUGAAAAUUUUAAAAAGACAUCAUUCAACAUUCUGAAUUUACCCCCAAAGUGGGAUAGUAUUUUCUUUCCACCAGUGUAAGGAAAUCUUGAUCUUGUUGUUUGAUUACAUACUUGAAUAUCUCUGAGUAUAAUCUUUGGGCAGACUCUAAGUUUCCUCCAUCUAUGCUCAGAAUAGAGAUUCUUCAAGUUUCUACAGGGACACACUUUUUUCCGAGGCAACCAUCUUUGGACAUCACACUAAUAAAAGUGCCUACCCCUUCUCACCUGGGGGUAAAGUCUGAGUAGAAAACAGCAGGAAGGAGCAUAUCAAUAACUCAGGGGCACAACUCUAAAAUGCCGUUUUGGAAUGGUUUUUCUAGAGACAACUCAGAGCCUAAGUCUAAAAGUGGGCUCUUAUUUGCAAUUUCUGUAAAAGCCAUAAAAAUUCUUGAUAUUGUCAUUUCCACUUCCACCGUCAUUUCAGAUAUCUAGGGAAGUCAACAGAGGGAUCUGGAUCAAAAUGGAUAGAGGCAUCUUCAUAGCAUGAGUCUCAAAUGCAUACGAUCAGGAAUCCAUUUCUGCUCUCUGUAUGAUGCAAAGAAACCAGACAAAGGAGAAGAGAUGAGGCCUUGGAACAAAUGCCCUAGAGAGAAAAGUACAGCAUUCAAGAACUAUGUAAAUAGAAAAAUCUGGCUCAUCUUGUUCAGAAAUAACAGUAGGUAUAGGAUUUAUUCUUAAAGCAUGUUUUGUUGAAUUGACAUGCAGUCGUCAAAUGCUAGGAAGGGUGCUAGGCCUGACAAAUCUAGGAAGACCAGCCAACUUGAUAUUUAGUGACUAAACUAAAGGACCACAAUGGUGCAUUUUGGCAAUUCUGAAAUGGUUUUAUUAUUAGUUUAUACAUAUGUAUAGUUUUUCUUUUGAUUAUAAAACAGCCAAAUAGCCAGCAAUUAAGGUGUUUUUUCAUCUUCAUGAAACACAUAGGCAAAUUCCGACUCUAAAAUGCACAAUCUAAAUGAAAUCUUUGAUCUCAAUCUGUAUAUAUUGUACAUGACUGCUAGUAGGUAUGAAAUGCAUUUCAGAAUUGAAAACUCAUGCAACAUAAUCAUGUGUUUGCAUAGGAAUGUUACAGUUCCUUCUAUUGCAAUUUAACAAUGGGAAAAGACUCAAGCAGUGCCAUCCAGAACUUUUCUCAUUUCUUCAAAAACAGUGCUAAGUAAAAUAAUAAUGAUGGUUUGUAAACCAAAAGACUUUAUAUUUUAGCAUUAGGAACACAGAACAAAUAUGUCAGCUUUCAAAAGCACAACAUGUAAAGGAAGUACAGUGGAAUGUAUGAAGAAAUGAGUUACAUAUUUUAAGCAAGACCUGCAUUAAAUUGGCAAAGAAGACAAUUUCCAUUCUCUAUAGGUCACUGUGCUCCAGUUCUAUGAUUAACUUCAAGAACAGAAGCAGGAAAACACCACCAAUAAAAACAGGUCUUACAACAUAUUUAUAUGUAUAUAUGUGUAUAUAUAGAUCCAUGUAAACAUACAUACAUAUAUAUGCAUUCAUAUGUUGGAAAACAAAAGGAAUAAGCUAAUAUGUUUGUUUCUUUCAUUACACCAGUAUAUGAGUAUUUUUAAUUUGGCAACCAACAAUCAACACAUUGAAAUAAGUAAUACAGGGUACUGAGCAUUUCUUUAUCAGCAAAUCAAUGCCUACAGGUCUUAUGAACCAUUGCAGUUUAAAAGUAUAAUAGUACUGUACCUCAGAACAUAGAAAUUAACUAGUUCUCAUUUGCUUGUCUAAUUGCUCUCUUUGUCAAGGACAUAAAUAAUAUUGUCCAUUGGUAAUUUAAAAAAAAAAUCUUAAGAGAAUGAAAAAUGAAAAUUCCUCCCAGAAGGAGGAGAAAAAGAGAAAACAAAACUAAACCCCACCAUGUUGGUUAGGGAAAAAUACAAUUGUAGGAAUCAUGCCAUUUUGCUAAUUGUACAGAAUAUAUGUUAUGUGAGCCACCAUAACUUUCACUGAGCGUGUGUAAAUAUUAAAACAGAUUUCUUAAAUAUUUUUACCUUCUAAUUUGUAUUUUAUGGUAAGACAACAUGCUAAUUCUGUUUAUGGCUUAAGUUGAUGUGUUAUUAUGUAAAUAAUUAAACAUGUUGUAAAUGAAUAGUCCAUAGAUACAAAUAAUUGUGUAGAUUUUUUCCUUAAUUUUUAUUUGUUUUUCCAAAGUACAGUAACUGGAGUGCCCCAGCAGAGUAAUUUAAACACCCUUUUACAUAAAUGGUUUGGGAAUCUUAGAAGUAUUUUAGUUUGCCCUCUGAAUCUAGAUUUCUCUCUCUCUCUUUCUCUCUCUCAUUCUCUCUCUCUUUCUCUCUCUCUUUCUCUAAGACAGAGUCCUUUUCACUUCUUUGCUUUCUUACUCUCAUUCUUUCCCUCUUUAGAAGAGGGUUUUUGUCAUCAGAGUUAGAACCAAGAGACAGCCUUUAGAAAUGGAAAAUGGGAAAAAAUGAUUAUUGAUUACAUAGACUUUUUUUAUAUGUCAGAGUACAAGAAACCAAAGUUUGCACUUUGUCUCAAUUUUCAAAAAGUAAAAGUUUGUAUUGAUGGAACUACAGAAAAUAAAAAUAGUUAUUCAUAACAACUCCAGAAAUUUGUUGCACAAAAUGGGUAGAGAAGACUUUUGUUAAUAGUAGCAUUUUGUCCUUAGAUAGUAUUGUUCCUUUCAACCAAAGACUCCAGAAUUAUUUUUAAAAUGAAAGAAAAAAGGGAGGAAAUGGGGGGGAAAAAGACACUGCUUCACACCAAAGGUUUAAAAAAUAUUUUCCAAAUGCACUAGGAAGAUCAUUAAAACUAGGAAGGGGUCAGCAGAAUGCUAAAGAAAACACUGUCCUAAAGAAAUCACUUUUUAAAUGUGGAGGAGGGAGAAAGCAGCACUCUUAAACAGCUUAGAAAUUUUGAAAAUUGAAGACCAAUUUCUGUUGCUAUUUGCAGAAUUCUGACAUGAAAUUUUAAGUUGCUUUUCAGGGUAUUUUUGUGAUCUAUAUGAUUGAAAAUCAUGAACACAGAAAACUUCACUCUUUGAAUUCCAAAGCCAAAUAUCACCCCGUCACACGUCCUCUAAUCUGAUGCCCACGUCUCUGUCCUUGCACCACUGGAAGCAAGCUGACGGUUUUAUCAGCUUGUAUCGAUUUUGUUGUUACUCAAUAUCGAGUUCAUCUGUGUUGAUUUUAAACAUAAUUAAUUCAAAGCUGGUUACCUAUAAUUUAAAUUCCAUAAUACUUUAAAUUUUAUUUGCAUGGGUGUUUAAAUGGUUCUGUUAUAAAUACUGUCCUUACAUAGUUCUGAACUGUCCUUUUAUAAAAGGUGAUAUUCUAGUUUCUUCACAAUGUAGUGAUUAUCAGCCUUACUAAUUACCUUGUAGCCUUUCUUACAUGCACAUAAUGCACAUUUUCCAAUGGCUAGAAAAUGCAAAACAUAAGUGGAUAUCACUGCAUCUAUUUUCAUGUCUUUCUAAAAACAGGACUAUCCAAAUCUCUGGGAUACAUGAGAUAGUAAAAAAAAAAAAUGAAGAUUAUAAAAGAAUAGCACAUAAGAAUUAUUUUCUUGAAUUUAAACUUAUUGCAGCCAGUUUCAGCAUGUAAAUAUAUAAUAAUGUUGGCUAGUGUGUAAUUCUUGAACUAAGAAAUAUAAAUAAAAAUUAAAAAUUUG